GUGGCUGGCUUUACGAAACGGCACAGUGAAAUAUAAUAAGCAUUUAAAAAAAUAUAGGACUGAAUUCAAAGACGAAUAACUUCAGAAAUGGCUCUUGAAACAUCGACAUGGUUAAACAAAUACUUCAUGGAGAAGAUUCUGCGAAAGUCGGAAAAUGAUAAUUCGAUUCAGGUGUUUAACAUAUUUUCAAAACCGGCCACAGUGAAGGGCGACAAUUAUCUCAGCGACAUGAUUAGGAUUACUGUCGAAUUUUCGCGCAGCUCUAUGAUUAAAGAGAAAAAAUCAAUUGUUAUCAAAAUUUCGCCUGUACUUAAAAGUGUUCGACAGAAACUGAUCGUAGAAAUGGAUGUCUUCCAUAUCGAAAUGUUGAUGAUGUCAGAUACUCUGGAUAAAAUGAAUAAGUUGUUAGAACCAAAGCACCGCUUGAGCGCGAAGAUUCUCUACGUGCAAAAUGAAAAUCCAACGCUUCUGGUGAUCGAAGAUCUUGCAGCUCUCGGUUUUCGAAUGGCUGAUCGCUUGUCUGGUCUUGACUUAGAUCAUUCCAUAUUGGCGCUUCGUGGUCUUGCCAGGUUUCACGCAGCCUCCGUAGCCUUAUGCGAGAAGGAACCAAAGCAAAAAAAGAUGUAUUUGAAAGGAAUAAUUAAUGGCCAGCAUCCACCAGAAAUAAAAGAUAUUUUCAUUAAGAGUACUAAAGCUUUAGCAGACGAGAUUGUGAACUGGCCGGAAGUGAAAAAAUACUCAGAAAAAAUUGCUAAACUCUCCGAUCAUAUAUAUCAAAUAGGAGUGAAUGCAUUCAAGGUCUGUGAGGACGAAUUUAAUGUUAUUAAUCAUGGUGAUAGUCACGUGAAUAAUAUGUUGUUCAGAUAUGACAGUAAUGGCAAGCCUACUGAUCAGAUUUUUGUAGACUUUCAAUUAUGCGUCUAUGCAUCGCCGGCACUCGAUCUUCUCUAUUUUUGUAAUUCAAGUAUUUCUUUCGAUGUCAUUGAAAACAAGAGAGAUAUUCUAUUAAAUGAAUAUCUUAGCACCUUGUCAAUGACUAUGAAGCAAUUGAACUGCAAGACGCAACCGCCCACCAUGAAAGAACUAAAAGCUGCUCUAAGACGAAAAGCUAGCUAUGGUAUGAUGACAUCUUUUACCGCUUUACAGUUUAUGCUAUGCCAUAAAGCUGAGGCGAAAGAUUUGGAUGAAAUGUUGGGCACUGGUGCUUAUAUAAAUCCAGGUUUAAAGAAUGAGAAUUAUAAAAAAAUAUUGAUAAGAAGACUGCCAUUGUAUGACGAUUGGGGUUUACUGGAUCAAUGCGAUGAAAAAACAAUGCUCUGUCGACAAUAUUCUGCAAUUCCACUUUCAGAAAUGGCCCUAGAAACGUCGAAGAAAUGGCUGAAUCAAUGCUUCGUGGAGAACAUUCUGCGAAAAUCGGAAGAUGACAAUUCGAUUCAGGUGACGAAUAUAUUUUCGAAACCAGCCACGAACAAGGGUGACAAUUACACCAGCGACAUGAUCAGAAUUACUGCUGAAUAUUCGCGCGAUCAAAACAGCUAUAGAAUUAAAGAGAGAAAAUCAAUUAUCCUUAAAAUCUUACCUGAACUCGGAAGUGUCCGACAAAAAUUUGUUAUAGAAUCAGGUCUUUUUCACACCGAAAUGUUGAUGAUGUCAAAUACAUUGAAUAAAAUGAAUAAGUUGUUAGAGCCAAAGUAUCGCUUGAGCGGGAAGACUCUCUACGUGCAAAAUGAAGAUCCAAUGCUUCUAGUGAUUGAAGAUCUCAUGACUAUCGGCUUUCGAAUGGCCGAUCGUUUAUCUGGUCUUGAUCUGGAUCAUUCUAUAUUGGCGCUUCAUGGACUUGCUAGAUUUCAUGCAGCUUCCGUAGCUCUAUGCGAGAAGGAACCAAAGCAAAAAGAAAUGUAUUCGAAAGGACAAUUUAAUGAGCAACAAUCAUUAGAAAUGAAGGAUAUUUUCAUUAAAUGUACUAAAGGUUUAGCAAAAGAGAUUGCAUACUGGCCUGAAGUAAAACAAUACUCGGAAAAAAUAGCUAAACUCUCCGAUCACAUAUAUCAAAUAGGAAUAGAUGCAACAAAGCUUUGCAAAGAAGAAUUUAAUGUUAUUACUCACGGUGAUUUUCACGUGAACAAUAUGUUGUUCAAAUAUAACAAUGAUGGCAAACCUAUUGAUCAUAUUUUUGUAGACUUCCAAAUGUGCGUUUACGCAUCACCGGCACUCGAUGUAUUAUUUUUUCUCAAUACAUGUCCUUUCUUGGAUGUUAUGGAAAACAAGAAAAAUAUUCUAUUAAAUGAAUACUUUAGCACCUUGUUGGCAACUAUGAAGGAAUUGAAUUGUAAGACGCCGCCGCCUACUAUGGAGGAACUGAAAGCUACCAUGAAGCGAAAAGCUGACUAUGGAAUGAUAAUAUUUUUCGUCGUUUUACCAUUUAUGCUGUGCUCUAAGAAUGAGGCAAAAGAUUUGGAUGAAUUAUGGAGCACUGGUAUAAAUCCAGGUAUCAAGAGCGAGAUUUAUAAAAAGUUAAUGAUAAAAAGACUGCCAUUGUAUGACGAUUGGGGUUUAUUGGAUCUCUAAUAUAUACUUUAUCUUCAGUAAUAAAAAACAAAAAUAGAAAAGAAAUAAAUCUAGAUGAAAA